UCCACUUAUACACCCCACAGCAACCUCUCUCUCUACUUUCUCUCCCUAGAUUUAACUCUCUCUCUCUCUUCAUAAUGCAACAAGCUAUUCCGUACAAAUCGUGGCUUCCGCUCCACGCGGCGCCGACGUCGCUAGCCCUCAACGGCGCCGACGUCAGAUUGCAGGCCGGAGCUGGGGGGAAUGAUAGAGUCACCAGCUUGGUGACGGAGAACGCGGUGACGGUGUUCGCGAGGCGAGGGUGCUGCAUGGGCCACGUGGUGAAGCACCUGCUGCUAGGGCACGGAGCGAAUCCGGCGGUCUGCGAGCUCGACGAGGCCGACGAGAUCGCCGUCGCCGGGGAAUUGGAGGCGGCCAUCUACGCCGGCGAUCGUGAAGGGAAGGCUUCGCCGGGGAGCCGCCCGACCGUGCAGUUUCCGGCGGUAUUCAUCGGCGGUAGGCUGUUCGGAGGAUUGGAUCGGGUUAUGGCGGCUCAUAUCUCUGGCGAGUUGGUUCCUCUUUUGAAACAAGCUGGAGCUUUAUGGCUUUGAUUACUCGGAUAAAUUGAGGCGCCUUCACUAAUUUAAGUUUUUAAUUUGAGUUGAGAUGUGAUGUUAUGUGAGAAUUUUUUAUUAUAAUAA